CCGGUCAGUCAGGCAGAGUCCCUCGUAGUGUUCACAUGUACAAGACAGUGUAUUGCUCCCGCGCCCGCGCCGCAGUGGUCGUGGUCGCAGAUGUGAGUGUUCGUGUGUUGUGUUCAACACGGGUUCUCUAAUGUGCACAUUGGGCAGGGACGACGGUAUGAAGUGCCGAUAUGGUGUGCGAACAAAUGCGCCAUACGUCGGAUCUCUAUGUGAGAACAAGUUGGCUUGACGCUGCACUAGCUCUAUCCCAGAUUGACAAGGGCAAAGCUGAGGGCCGGCGUACGGCUCUAUGGUUCCGGGCCCGUCUUCAAUCUCAACUCUUCCAGCUGGGCUGUUUCCUGCACAGACACGCCGGCAAGGUUCUCUUCGUCGCUAUCCUGGUCCUGUCUUCCUUCUGCGUUGGCCUCAAGUCCGCCGUUAUACACUCGCGAGCCGAGCAACUCUGGGUCGAGGAGGGCGGCCGUCUUGAGACGGAGUUACGCUACUCCCAGUCGGCCCUGGGUGAAGUGGAAGGCAGCACCCAUCAACUGGUCAUCCAAACACCACAAGACGCCGAGGCCUCGCUUUUGCACCCCGGCGCCUUGCUGGCACAUUUGGACGUCGUUAAGGCUGCAGCCAGCGUCACAGUCCACUUAUUUGACAUAACUUGGAGACUAAAGGAUAUGUGCUACACCCCUAGCGUGCCCAAUUUCGACAUCCACUUCAUAGAUCAAAUUUUUGAAAACAUGAUUCCAUGCGCUAUAAUUACACCUCUAGACUGUUUCUGGGAAGGAUCUAAAUUGCUGGGACCGGACUUUCCUGUCACCAUUCCGCAAGUCGGCAAGAAAGUUCGGUGGACCAAUUUGCACCCUGUGAACCUGAUGGACCACAUGAAGGAGUACGAGCCUAAUUUCCCUUACAGCACGCUCGAACAGCACAUGAAACGAGCUGGAAUCAGUACAGGUUAUCAAGAAAAACCCUGUUUGAAUCCCAAAGACCCAGAGUGUCCUGAUUCAUCACCCAACAAAGCAUCUGGCAUGGCACCUGACAUUGGAGCUGAGCUCACAGGCGGCUGCUAUGGAUUUGCAGCAAAGUUCAUGCACUGGCCAGAAGACCUGAUUGUAGGAGGUGCAAAGAGAAACAAGACUGGUCAUUUACAAAAGGCACAUGCUCUGCAGACCGUAAUUCAGCUGAUGGGAGAGAAGGAGCUGUUCGAGUUCUGGUCUGAGACAUACAAAGUACACCACGUGGCUUGGAGUCAGGAGAAGGCAGCCCUUGUCCUAGAAACCUGGCAGAGGAGGUUCUCCGAGGAAGUAAAAAGGCACAUGAGUGGAGAGGCCUCACCAUCGAUACUUGCAAAUUACAACAUAUUUGCUUUCUCAACGGCAACUUUAAAUGAUAUCCUAUGCAAAUUUUCUGAACCUAACUUCAUCAAAGUGGCUAUCGCAUAUGUGUGUAUGCUUGUGUAUGCAAGCAUCUCACUGAGCAGGUGGCAAGAGCCUCUCAGGUCACAGCUGUCAGUUGGCAUCGCUGGCAUCCUUCUAGUCACCGUCACUGUGGCGGCCGGUCUCGGCUUGUGCGCUGUGCUGGGCAUCGCGUUCAAUGCCACCACCACACAAAUUGUUCCGUUCCUUGCACUUGGGCUCGGCAUCGACAAUAUGUUCCUACUUACCUACACCUAUGCCGAACAGAGCAACAAUGAAUCACAUUUUGACGAGCAGAUUGGAGUACUAUUAAAAAAGACUGGUCUGGGGAUGCUGCUGUCCUCUCUCAGUAAGGUACUGACAUUCCUUGUGGCAGCAUUGGUGCCGAUUCCUGCCUUGCGGGUGUUCUCCCUGCAAGCCACCAUCUUGUCGUUGUUUCACCUCGGGACAAUGCUACUUGUCUUUCCAGCUGUUCUGAGCCUUGACCUGAAAAGACGACGUGCAGGACGAUCAGAUGUGUUGUGUUGCUGUUUACCCUCACCCACUACACCACGCAAGCAUCAGACAUCGGAGAAACUGCAGACCAUCACACGUGCACUUCCACCCGACCGGCAGCAAACUGUGACAUCAGUUGUGGCUCCUGCUUCUGCCACAGCGAGUGAUGGCUGGGGAGGGUCAACACACGAGUUGCUAGACAAGCCCAAAUCACUAAUGGAGUCUCUAGUGGGUGACAACUGUGGGUGGCGUGGCUUUGGCAGCUGGUACGCACAUUAUCUGCUGUCGCCACCUGUCAAGUUUGUUGCUGUCGUCAGCAUGCUGGCAGCGCUAGUAGCCAGUGUGUGGGGUGUCACCAAGCUGACGGAUGGGCUGGACCUCACCGACAUUGUGCCGUACGGAACAACGGAGAACUCAUUCCUGGCCGCACAGGGACGCUACUUUGGCUUCUAUAACAUGUAUGCUGUCACUGGUCGGGACUUUGAGUACCCGACCAAUCAACGACUGCUGUACGAGUACCAUGAGGCAUUCAUGAGAGUGCAGAGUGUCAUUAAGAAUGACAACGGAGGACUCCCAGAGUUCUGGUUGGGGCUUUUCAGAGACUGGCUUAUUGGUCUACAAAAGGCGUUUGACAGGGAUUGGAAAAAUGGCUGCAUUGUGCAAGAAUGGUGGUUCAAGAAUGCCAGCUACGAGGGUAUUUUGGCCUACAAGCUGUUGGUGCAGACUGGUCAUGUGGACAACCCCAUAGACAGGUCACAGGUCACACAGAUGAGGCUUGUGGACAACGAUGGGAUUAUAAAUCCAAAGGCCUUCUACAACUACUUGUCAGCUUGGGUUACCAAUGACGCCCUUGCCUAUGGAGCAUCCCAAGCCAACCUCCGCCCGGAGCCGAAAGAGUGGUACCACGUGCCGUCAGACUUUGAACUAAAAAUACCAAAAUCGGCACCUUUAGUUUAUACCCAGUUGCCGUUUUAUCUUCACGGUUUGAGUGACACAACAGAAAUCACAAAAGCGAUAAGACAAGUGAGAGACUUGUGUCAGAGGUUUGAAGCGAGAGGACUUCCAAACUUUCCUUCGGGAAUUCCAUUUUUAUUCUGGGAACAGUAUUUGAUGCUGAGACAGACACUGGGGAUCGCGCUACUCGGUGCAUUGGCAGCAGUGUUUGUGGUCGUGUCAGUGUUAUUAGUGAAUGUGCGGGCCGCGGUGGUGGUAACGGUGUCGAUUGCCGCAAUGGUCCUGCAACUCCUUGGACUCAUGGGAGCAUUAGGGAUCAAACUGAGUGCUAUACCUGCAGUGCUGCUCAUCAUCUCAGUGGGCAUCGGAGCUCACUUCACCGUUCACAUCUGUGUGAGCUUCCUGACAUGUAUAGGACGCAGGGACCGCAGAGUGCGCCUGGCUGUGGAUCACAUGUUCACGCCAGUCAUGCAAGGAGGGUUGGCAAUCCUGCUUUCAGUUGGGAUGCUUGCUCUCUCGGAGUUUGAGUUCGUUGUAAGGUAUUUCUUCUACAUCCUCAUAGCUUUAACUGGAGUGGGCCUCGUUAAUGGCCUGUUCUUCUUCCCGGUGAUGUUGUCUCUGGUCGGACCUGAGGCGGAGGUGAUACCGCUAACUCAUCCAGACCGGAUAUCUACACCGUCUCCUGAGCCAGUGCGCCGUGUGCACGCUCCCAAGUGCCGGGUGGCACCGCCGCCACGUAGACACGCGCCGGUCCACCAGUGCCACCGGGAGCCUAGUCUCACUACCAUCACAGAGGAGGCUAGUUGGCACUCGCAGACUCACGAGCAGAUGGAGUCUACGCAGACGAUUGUUGUAGAGCCAGAGUUUGUUGUUGAGACCACCACCUGCACCCACCCACAUAUGUCUGGAAGUGGUAGUGACAGCAGUAGUUCUGGACACAGGGAUUCUCCACAGCCCUCGUCACAGCCUCAUGUCACCACUAAGGUCACGGCCACCGCCAAAGUCAAAGUGGAGGUUCAUACACCCCUCUCCAGUGGGAUGGACAAGUCUCGACACAGCAGAAGGCACAGUCGUGACUCUAGUUCAGAUAGUUCCAGCUCGAGUAGGCACUCGUAGCAAUUGCUUUAACAGUGACGUUCACCUGAAUGCCGCUGCUCUCCAAGUACCUGUUACCCCACACGCGUCAGUGUGGCCUUGUAUAUUUAUACGCUUUAAACGAUUCUGUACAUAAUUUGCACAUUUUUAUUUAUCUACCAAUGCAAUCAGUCUCAUCCUGUUCGUUUUGUAAACAUAGUAUUUUUAUUUACUUGUACAGAUAGUAUUGUGUAAUUAAUUGUUAAGUAUUUAAUGAAAAUCGUGUAUGUAAUUAAAUGUAAUUAUUUUAUCGCAAUAUUAUAUAGGUUGUAUAGUUUUAACGAAAUAACUAUUUUAUAAAUAUUAAUAUUAAAUUAAUAAAAUACCUCUUAUAGUGAUAGUGAGUCAAUCAUCGUUGUCUAUACAAAGUAGUCAUUUAAAUAUAAUUUAAUAAAGAAACUUAAGUAACGAA